AUGAUCAGGUUCUGGUUAGCGCUUCAUCCAGAAUUUCAGGACCUCUUUAAAGCCUUCAGACGUCGGUUAGAAUACCAGCAAGCUGAGGAUUCUUCAUCGGGUGAAGAAAUAAACCAACCAGUACCUUCAUCUGUAGAAGAAACGAUCAAACCUGAGCCAGGGAUUAUGGGAACCCGUUUUAACGAUGAUCAAAGUCAAGAUUGGUUUCACGAAUUUCAACAGCGUUACUCGAGAUAUAAAGGAUUUCAGGGCUCUGUAAGUGAAUGA